CCAGGUUUGUCGCCAACUCUAGGGAAUGUAGGGGAAGACCAUUGUGGUCAGCGCGAAAUCGCAUCCCGUCGAUGCCGCCGGCCACCGCCGUCACUUUCGCAUUUGCCAGUUCUUGAUGCGGUCGAAAAUAUUGUACGCUCUGUGCAUCGCAGUGCUCUUUGCGGUGUUUGCGACGGCGGAGCCGAAUCUACGAUAUGCAAAUGGGGCCGUCGAGGCUGGCGAUCCACAAUACUAUGCUGUACCGAACCGCGCGCCGCCUGCCCAUGGUCACCAAGGCCCCCUCGUCGCAAAGCGACAGAACUUCAUCAAAGAUAUUGGACGAAAGGUCAAGAAUACCGUCCGAUCCGUGGGCAAUCACAUCCGCCGUGGCGUCCAAAAGGCAGGCCAAGUCGCUCGACAAGCAGGGCAGUAUGUGCGGCGGGCAGGGGACGUUGUCCAGCGAGCAGGGGGCAUCGUUCAACAGGCUAGCCAAUAUGCUCAACGCGCUGGACGAUUCGUUCAAAAUGCCCACCAGCACAUCAACCGCGGAGUUCAAAAGGCGCAGAAGUGGGUCGGCCACGCUAAGAAUGUGGCCAAUACUGUGCAAGGGUUUCUUGGGCGCCGGCUGCGGCUUGAACGUCAUGGCGACGAACAGUAGACAGUAGGGCAUUCCGACUAAACUAUCUCAAUCGUACGACGUAGUUCAUGUUGGCCUUGGGUCGAAACUGUUGCCGUGGCGCAGUCGACGAAGGAUGGUUCUGGUCUUCGCUGCAGGCGAUUUCAAUCGAAGGUUGAAUGUAUACGUAUGGGCGCACUUCCGUGCCACUUUUCCA